AAAAAAAAAAAGCAUCUUAUGCAGAAUACAUAAUUGUGUAGCGUUAUUCCAUAAAAUAACUUUAGGAGAAACUCCAAUAGGGAGUCGAAUAUUUCUAUGGACACCUACAGGAUAAACAAACGGGAAUAGUCGGUUGAAAUUUCAUGAUAAAACACACUCAGUAUCCGGUUGCUGUUAGCAUCAAGAGCUAUCCAGAGGUUUCCAUGGUAACAAUAAACAGGUUGAGAGUCGGGCUCACCGUGCGUUCCUCCGGUGAAACUCAACCGGCACCGGAGUUAAUACACCUGUGGACCUCAGCAGCAGUUCGUGUCUGACUAAACCAUGAAGCAGUGCAAAAGAAAAGGUUACCCUGAAGAAUGAGAGCUGAUGUUAGUAUGGAGGCCACCAGGUCCAGACAGUCUGUCCAGCUGGGCCAGAAGGGACACCAGGCUACUGAUAGACGCUGCACACCAUGCCCAGACAGUGGAGGCCCGUCUAAGGAUCAGAAGGUCACAGCUGUGGUCCAGCAAUGCAACCAAGAUGAAGGCAAAAGCCUGCAAACAAGUGUGUCAGCUACACCUCCUGAGGGCAAAGUUCGGCACAGUUUUGUCAGUCCACCUGUUCUUAACCCAGAAAGACUGAGGACAGCCAAAGGCCAUGUGGACAAAGCUGUCAAGAUGCAUAAGGUAUUCUCUGUCCAGGGCCCUUACCCCGUCAUCAGGGCAGCGUUGAGGGCCAGAGGCUGGGUUGAGCAGCGUAUGCAUCGCCGAAACCACCGUGCUCACCAGCGUCACAGCGAUGAGAGCAGAGCCAGCUCCAAUGAUGCUGGUGACAGCGAUGACGACGACGACGAUGUCGAAAAAGAGCAGGAUCCAGAUGGACUAUAUGACCUCAUGUCUCGCCUGGUGCGGAAUGAAAUGGUUUAUUUCUAUUGGACAAACCGCAGAGAUGCCAUCAACACCAACAGCUUGCAAAAAGAACAGAUUACCAAUCAUUUUGCAAAGGCAGGCACCUUCACCACCAAGGUGGGGCUGUGUGUGAACCUGAGGAACCUGCACUGGUUUGAUUCAGCUGACCCAGAGACCUUCUUCCCCCGCUGUUACAGACUAGGAGCACAGGAUGAGAAGCAUGCUUUCAUUGAGGACUACCGGAGGACAGCCUGCACCAGUCUUUUGAAGUACAUUGUGGAGAGGGAGCAGGGUGUUCAGGAAGAGGGAACGAGCCACAACAUUCGGGCUGUUCAAGAUCAGAGGAAACACAGCAAACAGCGAUCUAGACCAGUGGUCCUUUCCCAAAUGAUUGACAGCGCACUCAAAGUAUGUCAGGAGUUCCUGGAGAGUCUGGAGCAUAGUGACAUAGAUAUAAGCUUGGAGACACCACAAACACUUACAAAGGAGGAGUGGGCAGAGUUUAUUGACAGUUACUACCUUGUUGUUCAUGGCGGAGCAGAGAUCGAGAACAGUGAUCAUUUUGUGACCUGCUGCAAAGCCAUGCUACAGAGGCUGGUGGAGGUCAGUCCACAGCUGGACAUAGACGGCAUACACAACAUCUGGAUCAUCAAACCUGGAGCUAAGUCCAGGGGCAGAGGUAUCAAAUGUGCCAAGCGUCUGGAUCAGAUCCUCCAGCUGGUGAAUGGUGAUCCAACCCUAAUCAAGGAAAGCAAGUGGGUGGUGCAGAAGUACCUGGAGCGACCCUUGCUGGUCCAUGGCACCAAAUUUGACGUGCGGCAGUGGUUCCUGGUCACCGACUGGAACCCUCUGACCGUGUGGUUCUAUAAAAAGUGCUACUUGCGCUUUUCUACGCAGCCUUACUCGCUAGAUACACUGGACAGCUCUGUCCACCUGUGCAAUAACUCCAUCCAGAAGCACCUGAAGCCCUCCCAGCAACGCCAUCGAGGUAUCCCAUCAGACAACAUGUGGUCAGAUGAUCAGUUCAGGACCUUUCUGUCCAGCCAGGGCCGGGAUGCUCAGUGGCAGACUGUGGUAGUCCCGGGGAUGAAGAGGGCUGUGAUCCACGCAUUACAGACAACACAGGAUCUCAUGGAGUCACGCAAAAACACAUUUGAGCUCUACGGCGCUGACUUCAUGUUAGGUCGUGACCUGCGUCCAUGGCUGAUAGAAAUCAAUGCCAGUCCCACUAUGGCUCCUUCCACCACUGUAACGGCACGCCUCUGUGCUGCUGUGCAGGAAGACACAUUACGAGUCGUCCUGGACCGGAGAGCAGACCGCACUGCAAACACUGGAGACUUUCAGCUCAUAUAUAGGCAGGCAGCAGUAGAAGUGCCACAGUAUGUGGGAGUCAACCUACUUGUUGAGGGCUUCAAGAUCAAAUGCCCCUGCGCACUUCCUCCACUGAGGUCCUCCAUCCGUUCAGCACCAAAACACCAGGGCCCCGUCAAGGAGAAGGAACCUGCAGCAGAUAAAGCAAAGCUUCUGCCUAAGAUGUUGUCUAAAAGUGCAGAGACUCCGCUCAAGAACACCAGCAGUGGGGUUCCGCCACCUCCUCCUCUUCCUCCUGAGCUGCCUGUGCCCGUCCCUAUUGAAACCUUCACACUUCACCUGCCAAUGACUGUGAAGUCCAUCCACCUGCCCAUCAGCGCCCAGUCUCACUCAGUAUUUUUGUGGAAGAGGAGACCAGAGGUAUCAAAAGUCUGCUCAGAGAAAGUCCAACCCUGUACCACAGAGAAGCACCAAGGUCUUUCUUUGCCUCCAGAGAUCACCGUUUCAAAACAGCCCACACAAGCAGCCACCAGCACCUUGAGUGCCUAAAAAAAACUUACAAAAGAAGGUUUGCUGACCAAAUCAUUCACAUGCUCCUUCAGCUUGAACUUUCUUUUUGCAGGGGUUUUUGGCCUACCUCAUAAUAAAGUCAGAAUUUUAUAGA